ACAUUUUAAAAUAGUUACAAUUGGAAACUCAAGUCGUUCAAAUAUGUUGAAUAUAUAUUCCUUAUAUAUUUAUCUUAUAUUUUGUGUAGUUGUGAAAAAUGAUGCUGCCAGAAUAUUGGGUUAUUUUCCAACUCCUUCUAUUAGUCAUCAGGUAGUGUUUCAAACAUUAAUGUUGGAACUAGCUAAAAGAGGUCAUGAUGUCACUGUAAUUACAACUGAUCCAAUCUCUCCAAAAACGAAAUUUCACUCAAAUCUAACAGAAGUAGAUUUGCAUGAUUUAUCAUAUAGUAUUUGGAGAGAAGCAGUGUAUAGUGACGAAACAACAACAGGGAAGAAAAGUGAUAUUAUUAAUCAAGUAAGAGUUUUAUACAAUUUAGUUACAGAUAUAUCUGAGCAACAAAUAAAUUCAAAGCAAGUUCAAAGAAUAAUUCAAAGCAAGAAAGAGAAAUUCGAUUUGAUAUUUAUUGAAUCAUUAUGGAGACCUGGAUUGGGACUGGCUUACAUUUUUAAUGCCCCCAUAAUACUUAUAAGUUCUUUAUUACCAAUAUAUAAUAAUAUGGAAGCUAUGGGAAGUCCAGUACAUCCUAUACUUUAUCCAAUGUCUUUCCGUCAAAAACUUAAUAAUCUUACAAUUUGGGACAAAAUAAUAGAACUUUACAAUCACUACUCAUUUAUAUAUAUGUUUGACACUGCCGAAAAAAAACAAAAUGAAAUGAUGAAAAGAGUAUUUGGUUCUGACAUCCCACCUCUUAGUGAAUUGUAUAAUAAUAUAGACAUGUUAUUUCUAAAUGCUCAUCCAUUUUGGGAUUCGAAUCGUCCUGUUCCACCAAAUGUUGUCUAUUUAGGAGGAUUACAUCGCAAACCCGUAAAAGAACUACCACAGGAACUGCAAUUUUACUUAGACAGUUCUAAGCAUGGUGUUAUAUAUAUGAGUUAUGGUACAAAUGUAAGUCCAUCACAGCUACCACCGGAGAAAAUACAAAUGAUUGUAAAUGUAUUCUCUCGUCUUCCAUAUGACGUAAUAUGGAAGUGGGAUAAGGAUGAAUUACCGGGACGUUCAAAGAAUAUCAAAAUAUCGAAAUGGCUUCCACAGUCUGAUCUUCUCAGGCACCCAAAAGUGUUACUGUUUAUAACACAAGGAGGCUUACAGUCAACUGAUGAAGCUAUAACUGCUGGAGUUCCGUUAAUUGGUAUGCCGAUGCUUGGAGACCAGUGGUACAAUGUGGAACAGUAUGUCAGACACGGGAUAGGAGUGAGGCUGGACCUAGAAGACCUUACUGAGGAAAAAUUUUAUAAUGCCAUAAAUACUACAAUAAAUGAUAAAAGCUACCGCCAGAACGUUGAGAGACUUCGCACGGUGAUGUCAGACCAGCCACAGAGCGCGCUCGAGCGCGCCGUGUGGUGGACAGAGUACGUGCUGCGUCACAAGGGAGCGAAGCAUCUGCGCUCGCCCGCUGCCAACAUAUCUUGGGGUGAAUUCCUGGAAAUUGAACUAGUUACAUAUUUAUUAUUAGGAUUAACAUCUGUGAUAUUUGCCAUCGUGAUCUUUAUGUAUUAUGUAGUGUUAUUUAUAAAACGUUAUUACAAUGCAAAUAAAAAACAAAAAAGUAAUUAAUAAAAGAAUUUAUUUAGCUAGCUAACAGUAUUUCAUUUUUGGUCCUUAUAUUUAUUUUAUACUAUUAAUUAUGUCAUGCUCCAUGCUAUAUUUUCAAAAAUGGUAAUAAUAUGAAUAAACUGCAAUUGCUAUAUACAUAUUGAAAAUAGCAACUGUAUAAAAAGUUUAUAUUGUAAGAAUUUAUACAAGACACCAAAUUUAUGUUGUACUUACUUGGUUUUUUAUAUAUUUGUGUUUAUGAAAGCAAUUUUAAAAUAUUUACUAACUUUUAUAUUUUUGUCUCCAAUCUGUUUUCUAAGUUAAUAAUAUAAUAAAAAGCUGAAUAAAUAAAAAAAAGAACAAAUAAACAUAUGUAUAAUCAAAUACUUUUUAUCUAAUAAAUAUGUCAAAGAUAGUUAAGUAGACAAAUGUAGAUAUUUCACGAGUAGCAACACAUCUUUAUUAAAAAUACAAUUUCAUGUCUUAUCAUGGGGUCACUGCGACAUACAUGGCGAAAACAUAUUUUUGUAUUUUAUCUUUUGUAUUUUAUUCUUAUAAUUAUGUAACUCAUUUGAUUGUAUGAAUUUAGUUGUUAAAUUACAUAAUAAAUGACUCAAAUAAG